GCUUAUGCUGCAUGGGCGUAUUUUGUUUGCUGUAUGGGCAGCAUUUAACGCGCGUCGUUUGUUUACGCGUAAACAUAAACAAUUUCCUCUUUUUGUUCCUCAGGAGCGCUGCUAAGUUUUAUCGUAAAGCAGAGCUCGAAACUACAGCCGGCAAAAUGCUCACGGUUUGCUGCAGAAUCUGCUUGAAAAAUACACAUUUCAAACAGAUGUUAUCUCUGUUCGAUACGUACAAGGGCUUCGUGAUUCGAGAUGCGUUGCUGGAACUGUUUCAAAUCAAGAUCCUGCCGACCGAAAUGUUAUCUACAAUCUGCAAUGCAUGUGUGGCAAAGGUGUGCACUGUGCGAGACAUCCGGGAAGAGUUCAUUGCCCAGGAAAGCAAAUAUCAAGAAAUUCUUGGCACUGAAGUGCUCCAAGAUCCAAUACAUUCUCAAUCCCCACAAGCUUCGUCUACAAAUGUUUCUGCUAAAACUGAACCCACCCCAACGGUGGAAAGUACCACCGAGGAACAAAUUGUUGUGGCCACCAAAAGUACUGACACAGCGGUAGAGUCUCCUAUCGAACAAACGAAUCUUGCGAUCAACAUCGAUGGAAAUGUUAAACUUCUACACGGACUGGGGCAAGUGUAUGAUUUAGAUGAGCGGGAUACACCACAUAGCGACUUGGAUGAAAUGCGCGAACCCGAACCCGAAAAGUCGCCGGAAGUAUAUGAAAUCACAAAACUCACAACAACUGACGACGCGAAUGAGGAGGAUAUAGAAAUCGCUAAAAAACAAGCGUGCAACGAAGAAAGUUCUAGCGGCAGUGAAUUUCAGCUGUAUUCGGCUACAGCAGCAAACAGUGAGGAAGAAACUUGUGAUGCAAACUGCAUGUAUAUCUGCGAACGCUGCGUCAUGUGUUUUGAGACGGACGAAGCGUACGAAUCGCAUGCUUGCUCAAUCGAGGAAGGGGAAAGCAAGCGUUCUUGCAAGAAGUUGCCAACCGGCGAGGACUUAUCGUCGGACAGGAAACAGACAAAAUAUGUGAAUCUCGCCGACAUCCAGUACGAAUGUCCGCACUGUUCGGUUUCGUACGAACAGGAUAGUCAACUGCUACAGCACUGCCGCUUAUACCAUCUGGAUGAGUUUGAAGCUUUUCGUUGCACCAUAUGUAUGGCCGAGUAUGCCUCACAGGCCGCACUGACUGAUCACAGCGAGUCGCAGCAUCCGACCGGGUAUCGGUGUCGAUUUUGCAAUAAAAAGCUUUUGAACUCGUACGCGCUGAAGAGCCACGAAAACGUGCACACCCGGCAGCAGUCGUUCAGAUGUACCGUGUGCAGCAAGAAGUUUGCCCAAUACACCAGCCUGUGGCGCCAUAUGGCGAUACACAAUGAUAUAAAGGCGUACGAGUGUGACAUCUGCGAGAAACGGUUCCGACAGAAAUCGGUGAUGAUAGCGCAUCGCCGCACGCACACCGGAGAGAAACCGUAUGCGUGUGAGGUGUGUUCGAAAUGUUUCCGGGACCAUAGCACACUGGCCAAGCACAGGCGUGUGCAUGCAAAAGAUAAAAAGGAAACGUGUAAAACCAAAAAAGGGAACACGAUUUGGAGUACAUCUUGAAGGAACGAAAUGUUCGGUUCCAUGGUCAUAUGCUUUAGUCAACAGUGACAAUGCGGCACGAUCCAACGGAAUGAGUGAAAUCUUGUAACCAUUAUGAAGGAACUAAUGUAUUUGCUACCUACAGUGACAACUUUCUAUAGGAUUUCUAUAGGAAAUUCGGAAAGCAUGUAUCGGAAUACCAUGGGAAUAUUUUCAACUGUAAUCUGGCCCGCGACCCAAAACAAGUUAGACAUCACUGUCCUAAGAUGAAUUUAAGCUACUCUUUUUUUUAGCAUUCGUAGGAGCUUCAGUGAUUCACGAAAUACAUUCAAUAUUUCAAAGCAUUCUAAUUGGUAUACUUUGUAGGUGUAUGUGAUUUUGAAAAGAUUUUGAAAUCAUUUUUUGAAAAAAUUACAAAAAUCGCAUAUACUAUUAAGCACGUGCCAAUUAAAAAGCUACUAGUUUAACUAGUUAGUAUAAAGUGUACCAUAGGUUCAGUUAGGUUCUUAUAUAAUUUUUGUGAAGUUAUUUUAAUCUUUUUUGUUCAGAAGAUAAGAAUUUUUAUUAUAGGAUGAGAUCAUUUUUAUAUUUCGAGCGCGCUUCACAAACCAUGACUGUCACAACCACAAAGAACGCAUUAAGAUAUCUAAGCUAAAUGUCGAUUCCUGUAGCACCUUAGUAGUGUAGUCCUUACAUUUUCACCGUCGAUUGUUGAAAAUUUAAUCAAUCUCCUAAUCAAAAUAAAAUCAUUUCAUUUAGCUUCGAAAACAUUAA